AUGUCUCGCAGGGGUUCAGCUUCACCUUCAUUGCGCCGCCGUUUAGAAAAUAGCGAUGGGGAUAGUUCCGACGAGGAAGACACAGUGACGGCAAAUGUACAGCGCAAUUUGACCGAACCAGAGCCCGGAAUGAGUGGUCCCAGCAGUGGCAGCAACAAUGAUGUUAGCAACUCACCGGAUGACAGCAACUCGCGUAAAAGUGAUGCGGAUGGUUCAUUUGUUGGGAAAAUCCGAUCGAACUUCUCGAGCAUGCUGAACAGAGUAUUGCCGGCGGUGCGCCAAACCAAGCAGGAAGACAGCGUGUCACUGACACGACAGCAUACGGAGCGACAUUCCGACGUGAAGCAUGAAGCUCUUUUAAUGAGGGAUGUGAAGAAGCGAGCACACUCACCAAACGUAGCAGCUGAUUCUGAGGAUACAUACAUCAGCUAUAGCGGUACGUACGAAAUGAUCACAAAACGACCCCGGCUACGCGAAGCAGCAGAAACGAAGGCAGUGAAAAGCACGAGCACUUCAUCCGAUACGUUCCGGACGCUGUCAGCACCAACAACAUCGUCCAACUUAAAUAGUCGACUCAGUAGUUUCCUGGGCAACUCGGUCUACAGAAAGCGAAUGCAGCAGCUACGCAGUGGAUCUACCCACAAAACGCUGUUCGGUUCCUCGACACUUAAAUCCACCAACAGUUUAAACGAUACGGUUGCAUCUUCCCGACGUCCGUCUUUCAACAGUUCCGUGGCCAAAAUAUCAAAAUCGUUAAGCACUGGCUGGAUUCCGCCGGAGUACGGAGGGUCAUCGUUUUACGAAGGUUUAACGCGUUUCGGUGGUGCAUCGUCGGCACGAACAUUAGCUACACACGGUCCACCGCGUCCGAGCGUCACAGUGCUGGUGAAAAAAUCGCAUCCAACAACGGUAAAAGCGCCCUAUCCGCUACCGCAAAUUGCACCGAAUGAAACAAAGGUGGAGAAAAAGGCAUCACAGAUGUCUUACCCAGCGCAACGAAUUCUUGAAAUAAUCGAUGAAUAUGACGCCAAAAGUCCUGCAUCGAAACGAGAGUUGGUGGCACGAUCAAUCAACAACCUGCGCACACCAACCACCUUGCAGAUGUUGAAUAUAAUCCGCAUGAGUGAAAAGGAACGCUCGGAAGAAACGAACCAAACACCACAACAACCACUACCGGAACCACCGAAAGUCCCCUUGAUGGAGUAUACACUUCCCGUGCACGUUGACAAGCUGACCACCAGUCCGAUAGGAAAACAAGAAUCCAUCAAAUCGGCCGGUGGAAAGCAGAUAACGAAAAAAACAAGGCUGCAUGCAGACCCAAUACAGGAGCGCGAGGAGACCACGGUCGAACCGAUUCAGUUGCCAAAUUUGAAACUACCUCCGCUGCUCGAAGGAUUGCCCAAGUUCGAUUUUACCGUGCCGAUGAAGGGACCUUUGCUUCCGGUCGAUAAGGAGGUAGGCUUGAUGAAUGCCAAGAGCAUGAACGAUGAUAAAAAGAAGCCAAGCGGAAAGGAAGGGAGUACGUCGGCACCAAGUAAUGUCCCUGACAUUGGUACAUUUACAUUUUCUGCCCCUAUGGUGUUUGGUGGCUCUGCUCAAGUCACCGAUACCGACCAUACCGUGCCGGAUUUGUCUGCGCCGGAACCAUCCGUUCCCUUUCUUUGUGAAGUGAAUAAGUUUGUUUUUGCAUCACCUACACUGUUUAAUGAUUUAUCUCAAGUCAGCACCACCAUCCCGGUUGCCGCAGAGUCCGACGUGUCACCACCAUCGUCCACACCGGAACCUUUACCUUGCGACGAGCAUACGUUUGAUUUUAUUUCGCCAAUAGUGCUUGGCAGCCCAUCAGCACUCACCGAUACGAUUCUCGCGAUGGCCUCAUCGAUCGUAUUCCCUGCGCCGGAAGCAUUGGAGGACACUCCGGACGUCCCAAAGGUACGCUCGUUUAAGGAACUGAUGGCCGAUUCGGCCACCAAAUGGGCGUGUGAUGUUUGUAUGAUUCGAAAUGAACCACACCAACAGACGUGCGUUGCUUGCGAAAGUCCCAAACCGACACCCGUGCCAAGCAAGACAAAAGAACAGCUGCCAGCAGCCGGAACCAACAUCCCCAGUUCUGGAAGUUUUGCCGCAAUUGUAAGUGCGCAAUCGAAUCGGUGGGAAUGCACGGCAUGCAGCGUACGGAACGAUGCCACUGCAUCCAUUUGUGUAUGCUGUUCAACGGAGAAACCGACCGGGACCGGCAACCCUGGAAGCUUUGCGGCCAUUGUCAGCGCUCAAUCGAAUAAUUGGGAAUGUUCGGCUUGUAGCGUACGGAAUGACUCCUCCGCAUCGGUUUGUGUAUGCUGUUCAACGGAGAAACCGACCGGGACCGGCAACUCUGGAAGCUUUGCGGCCAUUGUCAGCGCUCAAUCGAAUAAGUGGGAAUGUUCGGCCUGCAGCGUGCGGAACGAAUCCACAGCAUCGGUUUGUGUAUGCUGUUUAACGGCGAAACCGACCCACAAAACCAAUUCUGGGAGCUUUGCCGCUAUUGUCAGCUCUCAAUCUAAUAGAUGGGAAUGUCCGGCAUGUUGCGUACGAAAUGAUCCAACAGCAUCGAUCUGUGUAUGUUGCGCCACGGAAAAACCUAAAUAG